UUACCAUCAAAGGGGAAAAAUCAGAAAAAGCCAUAGCUGACUUCUUUUUUUACAUCAUCUCCAAUCUUUCUUUCUUUUUAGAAUUUUGUUUUUUUUUUUUUAAAUAAAUUUAAAAAUAGGAGAGUGAGGAAGAGCUUUCUUUGUUUUAAGUAGUGUGAUUGGUCCGUUCCGUUACCUCCAAACUCAUCCCCCGUUUUCCAUUCCAUUCUUUCUCUCUCCUCUCUCAAUCAGUUUGACAGUAACAAGCUUAGAUCAGCAAAGAAGAGAAGAAAGAAAAGCCAAACAAACUUAACAACAACAUUCCUUAUUCUUCAAGUCCACAUCAAUGGCUGGUACACCAUUAUCUAGUCUUUGAGCUAACGAUUCCUAUACACAUACACGAUACACCCCUUUUGUUCAUUAUUCUAUAACUCGACCUUUUAUAUUUCUCUCUUUCUCUCUCCUACAUUAGUUUCCGCCAUGUUUUUCUCACCCAGAAUCCUUUAGACUCCUUCCCCACCAAUCUAGCUUCGGUUCGACAACGAUAGAUAUACCUAUCCCUUCUUGUUAUAUCUUCUUCAUUUCACUUCUGGGUUUCUUCUUCCUUCAUUUGUUCAUUCAUCCAUCCAUCCAUCUUCGUGUUAUCGGGAUCUGGACCGACAUUAUCCCGAUAACAAUCCUCUCAUCCAACAUCUUUGUUAAUUAACUACUUUCAUCAAAAAAAAUAAAAAGGGGUGUUUUUUUUUUUUUUUGGGUUGUUGGUUGAGGCAUUUUGACAAACAUCUGUUGGGCACAAUUACCAAGGAGGAGAAUGUUCCUUCUCCUUUGUCCCUUGUACUCUUCUUUUUGCCUCUACUUUUUGGGGUCUUCAUCUGCAAGCUUUGGUUGGGAUAAAACAUUCCCCCUUUUUGUUUGUUAAAAUUUAAAAAGUCAUCUUUUUUAUUUUUUCUAUAUUUCUAGCUUUGAUUUCAGCAAAGUAGUGCAACAUUUCUUUCACUUCAGAUCUGUGGAUUUCUGGAUUCAUAACCUAAGCCUACUUACUUAUUAGUUAAACAUUUAAAUUGUUAAAGACGAGAAAGACAUGAAUACAUCAACACAAGUCCCCCCUGGAUUUCGCUUCCAUCCAACUGAAGAAGAGCUUGUGGAUUACUAUCUUAGAAGAAAGGUUUGCUCAAGAAGAAUUGAAGUAGAUAUCAUCAAAGAGAUUGAUCUAUAUAAAAUCGAGCCUUGGGAUUUACAAGAAUUAUGCAAAACGGGAGAUGAUGAUCAAAAUGAAUGGUAUUUCUUUAGUCACAAGGAUAAGAAGUAUCCCACUGGAACUCGAACAAAUCGAGCAACUGCAGCAGGGUUUUGGAAGGCAACUGGAAGAGAUAAGGCUAUAUACUGUAAGCAUGACUUGAUAGGCAUGAGGAAGACCUUGGUGUUCUAUAAAGGUCGAGCCCCAAACGGACAAAAAUCGGAUUGGAUCAUGCAUGAGUAUAGACUUGAAACUGAUGAAAAUGGAGCUCCUCAGGAAGAAGGUUGGGCGGUGUGUAGAGUGUUCAAAAAGAGAACACCCACAACAAUGAGAAGAAUGAGCGGGCAUGAAUCACCAUGUUGGUACGAAGAUCAAGUCUCGUUUAUGUCAGACAUGGAUUCACCUCAACAAGCACCACAAUCAAACAACGCGCUCAACUAUGCCUCACACACUUGCAAAAAAGAACUCAAUCAUCAACAUCAUCAUCAUCAUCUACCUUUCCAAAUUCCUCAAGAGCAUCUCAUUCACCUCCCUCUCUUUGAGAACUCCAAGAUGCUCCUAGCCUCACCUCAUGGUACCGGUACCUACAAUAACACCGGCCUAGCCCCUUAUGGUAUAGACAUGAGCCUUCACUCGAAUAAUGCUACUAUGCAACAAAUUGAUAACAACAAUCAUAAUGCAACAAUAUUAUUAGGAAACAACAACAACAACAAUAAUAAUAAUGGUCAAGAUGUUUUGGAUCAAGUGACUGAUUGGAGGGUUCUAGACAAGUUUGUUGCAUCACAACUUAGCCACGAAGAUGUUGCAAAGGGACAUGAUAAUGAUAACAACAACAACAAUUAUUCGUCGAGUAAUGUUGCAUCAGGGAUAUUCCCUUCUGCUCCGAUAUCAGACCACUCGAAUAAGGAAGAUUCAUUAACGGAUAAGACCUCUACACUAACCUCAAGCAGUCAAAUCGACGUUUGGAAAUCAUGAAGGACAUGAAUACAGGUUAUAGAAGAUCAAGAGUGAAGUAUAAAGGGACAGGAAGAUUAUUAGGGCUCAGUUUGUACAUAACAAAACUAAUCAAAAUACGAGUUUUGGGCUGAGCUUCUAUGGCUAGCUUUUCCCAUUCACACAUGAUAUAUGGCGGACUAUAUGAAAUACUAUAUGCAUCCGCUAUGCGCGAUGUUUACACUGAUCAAACAAGUCUCAAAAUGUAUGUGUAAACCUUGAGAUUAUUUUUAAUAUGAAUUUUAAUGAUGUUGUAUAAACUUUAUGAAAUUAAUGUUUUAUAUCCACAAGUCAUUCUUGUGUGUUUUUAUAUAUAAAUUGACAUAUUCUUUUAGGUUCGUUCUUCUUCAAUUUUGGGAAACUAACUAUAAACGUUGAUGAUGUACCUAGGCUUUUAAUUAAACUUACACAUCUAAAAUGACAAUGAUUCAUAAAUAAUUUUCUUAAUUAAUUUAGAAAUUACCGCUUCUAGAAAAAAAAAAAAAAAAAAAAAAAAAAAAAAAAAAAAAAAAACUUUAAAUUAAAUCAUGCUAUUUGUUGAGCUUUAAUAAGAGACAUUAUGAAGUGGUAAGUGAAGAUGAGAGAAGAUUCGUCGUAAACAAUCUAAGAAGUAAAAGAUGAACAAAGAAAACAAGAAUGUGUGUCUUUAGCCUUGAUUUUGCAUACAGUUGGUUGAUUAUGAUGAUUUCUAGGAAAGCAAAGCUUAAAGUAGAGUAAAGCUUUUAACAAAGCAAUCAAUUAGUCUCGAUUAAGAAGCAUACAAUACUUUGUAAUUAAGCCAUGUUUGAAUAAAAAUCCUUACAUCAAGUACGGAUAUCCAAUACUCGUACCACUUUUUCUUUUUUAAUUAAAGGAAUUCGUUUCAAAUGAUGUGGCUAAAAGAAUCGCAAAGAUGUGAAGUAUAUUUAAAAGCAAAAUUAGGAAUUUUUUUUUUUUUUUUUUUGACAACAAAAAUCCUUGUACGUAGUAUUUUGCAUACAAUACUUUUUUUUAAAAUAAAUCAAUAGGCUGAAAGUUUUUGAUUUGUGAACAUAUAAAUAGUAAGAAUAAAGUUUUGAAAAUGAACUUAAUUAAAUUAGAAUAAUACAAUCAUUAUAAACCCUAUAAAAUUAUUUUAACUUUUUUGCUCAUAUAAAAAAUAAAAAUAAAUAGAGAAUUCACGUUGGAAGAAAAGGAUUUGCAUUUCAAGUUGUAGUAAUAAACUAGUAAUUACAUUAAAUAAAUUCUCCCUAACUUCCUAGGUGGGUAAAUAUUGAAAAAAAUGGCCAUCAAAAUAACUAAAUUCCUUCUUAAAAAAAACAAUAAAAUAAAAUAACUAAUUAAACCUAAUAACCUAUAGUAUAUGUUUAGAAAAAAUUAUUUUUAUUAAAUAAAAAGACUGGAAAAUCUACAACAUGCAUGCAAUAAACAUAUAUUGAAGUAAGACGUGCAUGCAGCUUCAUAGCAAAGCAAGCAAUACCAGGAAUUUCUAGAGCAUGAAGCAAGCUGCACAAUUGUACCACUAUAUAACUGUAUGCACUAAAACCCUACAACUAUAGUAUGUAUGAUUAAUUACAAGGCUAAGCUAAUGAAAAUAUAAAGUUAAUGACUUUGAUUGACAUGUUUACUAAACAUAUCACAAGGGUAUUUGAGAAAUGUAUGAAGGAGUAUAUAAAUUGAAUAAUAUUGAUCAAGGAAUAAUAGGGAGAAAUUUGAAUAUGACGGAUAUAUAUAUGUAACUAUUCCCACACCACCGCGACUAUACAUACACUUAGACACAAACCCGAGCUGAGGAAGUAAGCUCAUUGUAGGAGCAUUCAUUAUCGAUUGAGAAGACACCUUAUAUUAUCAUCUCUCUUGUGCAUCCAAACUCCUACAUAUAUACAUUUGCAAUCUAGGAAUGAAAGAGAGAAAGAGCCAAUAAAGAGUAAGCUAGGAAUUGAAGAAGAGUGUGAACUAGCUAGGUUUAGAUGGAUAUGGUGGAGAAAAGAAGACAAGUUAUCUAUAUAAAGAAUAACAUAAAAUAUGAUCUUAUAAUAGUGAAAAGAAACAAAAAUAAGGGAGUAGUGACAUACUUAUUAUGCAUGCUCUUAAAAUCCAGCAUGCUCUUCUUCAAGACAUGAUUAGUACGUGGAAUCCAAGAAGUUUGCGCCCCUAAAGUAGUUCCUAAAAUUUCUAUAAAGUCCUUUGUCAUGGACCCUUCUAAUUACUUUUUUAAUUCAUUUUUUUAAAAAUAUAUAUUUUUUUUGCAUUAGUUUAAGGUACUAUUAUUUAAUUUAUAUUAAUAAUAUUUGGUAUUAUUUUAUGUCAAAGGGUGUUUUAUACGCAUGACAAUUCAACGAAGGGGACAUGCACAUGGGUAGUUUUAUUUUUGAGUAAUUAGGGCAUGAAUUUUUUUAUUUUUUAUUUUUUAUUUUUUUUUAAUAUAAAGAGACAAAAUAAAGAUGUUUUGUGUAGCAAGAUAACAUCAUUCUUCAUACUAUGAAACAUUUCCAUGUGAAUGUUAUUAUGCUAAUUAUAACCUUUUUAUCCCUCUAAUUUUCUUACUGUUACUGAUUUUAACCUCUAAUCACGGUUAAUUAUACAUCGAAAUAGCUUAAUUAGCUUUGCAAUGGAAUGGGUGUGU